GAUACGAGCCUGCCCGCAACCCACCAUGCAGACGUUCCACCACGCAAAGAUGGCUGUUCAGCCUUGUCCCUGCCGAGAGUCUACAACCUUUCAGGCCCUGGCCACCCUGCUUCUCGUGUGUCUCUGAAAAUGCGGUGACGGCCGGCGGGUUUGACUUGAUUCUACGGAAUGAACACCUACGAUUUAUCAUUAAUCAGCUUGUGCUAUAUCAACUCGGACUUGCGUAUUCGCGGGCAUCAUGCCGCCCGAAAUCUCUCAUGAAUCACCAGAUAAUAACUCGCGGGGGGAUUAUAGCAACUUAGUUGUUCCCGCGUCAUCUGGUGUCCCGACAGCAUCACGGCCAACAGUGACAACUGCCAAUACUCGAGACGCAAACGCUGCACAACAAUGGCCCCAAUAUCGUAACCUUUUCCCUGCUGAGAAGCUCAGGGCGAUCAUUUUCCACCAUAAAAUCGCGUCAAGGGUCUCUGGAGAAAUAAAUUGCUGGACCUAUAUCUCUGCGGGCCUGACCACGGUCGGCCAGAAAGAGGUAAUUAUCACAAUCCAACGCAGAGUCAAGACUGAAGGCGAGGGAGACUUUCCCAGAGAUCCUCUGAGAUGGUUCGAAUCAUUAUAUGCAUUCGCAAAGCUCGGUGAUGUGGUACAUGAAUAUCAGCAUACAGGUGUUCACGUCCCGAACUUUCUGGGUCGCCCAGACGUUAAACGGAUUGUCCUUUGUGACUUUCAUCCUAUCGACAACAUUCCCGCAUCAUAUUUUCCUGCCGAAUGCCUACAGGCUAUUCCGCUAACAGAGCCAGAGGACGCUGUUUCUCGACGAUAUGGUGUCUCGAGAGUUCUUAGCCACCUAGGUGCUUCACAUCGGUGGUUCCCAUUCCCGCCUUGGUUCAGUCGGGAUCGCGGAUCAUGUAUCAAGCUGGCCGAUAUGGAAGGAAGCGUGAAAGACAAAUUCCAUUGCGUUACUGUUCGUGGCGUAAGUGCCGUGAAGAGAGGCCCCGAUGUCACGCUUCACGUAUCGAAAGAAGCAGCCCCCCUCUUACGGGCAGCUCUAGCGACCACCAAUGCGGAUGAGUCCUUUUCCAUAAACACUGUUCCCUUCAAAGAUGCGGAUUCAGGCCUUUUGUGGAGCAAUAAAAUUGGGACCAUGCAGCCCCAGGCAUACGCUGCCGGAAAUUCAACCACUACCAUGAACUUGACUUUUCUCACAUUCUGUCUAAGUCAAGAGAGGUGCAGACUAGAGUUAGUCGAAGAUGGAUAUUCCCACAGAGUCGAUAAAGAAACUUGGGCGCGGCACCGUAACUCUAUUGAAACCUCAGCAGAAUUUUCCAUCACGCUCGGAACUGGUGGACGAUUCUCCAUUGAAUUUGAGCGCGUUGAGAAAAAGAGUAGCACCACGAAUACGCGGCCUCCAGCAUCUGCCUCGACGUUUCAGCCACCACCCGGAUUCACCCUCUACACACCUCAAGAUCCAACUUCAGCCCCCCGACCGAACCACAUUGACUGUGACCAUAUCGUUCUGCUUGACGAAAACGUCACAUCUACGGACGACAUCCAGCAGCUCGCUAAGUAUAUCAAAACCAUUACCGACACGUUAGAUGAGAUCGUUCCCAAGACAGUUCCUCUUAGUGCUCAAGGAGGAGGUCAGUUAAUGAUUGAAGCUGAUAUAGGCGGACCGGGCCGGCGGGAUCCUCUUAGUCGGGAGUGGCUGUCAUGCAAAUUCGCGCCCCAGACACUAUCAGCUCUGCCCCUAGAUGUGAUGUAUCGUCGAUUGUCAAGAAUAGAACGACCGGAUAUUCAACCUAGGACGAAAUUCCAGAUUGUGUUUAACGUGUGGGGAUUCGAAGGUGGACAGGGUUCUGGAAGCACAUAGGUGUAAAUGCCGUGGUUAGCGCUCGUCAGCUACAUGCCUUGCUUCAUUUAAUUUGUCAUCUUCUGCUUCUGUCCAGCAUAGUCGCAUUGAAUAACCCGAAUGUCAGUGUUCACACUGCUAAGACGCUGCUGCCUCCGCUCCUGCGCCUUUGGGAAAUCUAGAUAAAUAUAAUCCACCAACAAAAGCAUCUCCGUAUUUGCUGUGGUACCAUCAGCUGCCGCUGCCGCUGCGGGAGAUUGCUGCGGCAUUGACUCUCG